GCGAAGAUGGAGGCGGCCAGGCCACGGCGAGCGGCGCUCUGAGCCGCCGCCCGCCCGCCGGGACCCGCGCCCGCCGCCCGCCGCGGGGGGCCACGGCCAUGGCCGGGGCGGCGGCCGGGGACGCCCGGGACCCGCCGGCCUCGAGCACCGCCUCCCUCAGCGACUCGGACUCCGACGGCAGCCUGCCCGGCGGCCCCGAGCUGGACGCCCUGUCCCCGGAGGACCUGUCCGAGGACGCCCAGGGGGGCUCCGGCCCCGAUGAGCCCCCGUCGCCCCCCGGGAGGCCCCCGGCCGCCGCCGUCCAGCCCUUCCACCUGCGCGGGACCAGCCUCCCUUUCUCCGAGCGCAGCCACAGCAUCUUCGACGGCCUGGAGGGGGCGGCCCGCAGCCCCCUGAGCCGCCCCGCCGACCCCGAGCCGGCCCCCCCGCGGCGGGCGCCCCCCGUGCCCGACUACGUGGCGCACCCCGAGCGCUGGACCAAGUACAGCCUGGAGGACGUGGCCGAGCCCACGGAGCGCAGCAACCGCGCCGCGGCCGCCGCCUUCCUGGGCCCCCGGCUCCGGGACCCCCCGGCCUACGCGCCCUCCUUCAACCAGGACCCCUCGAGCUGCGGGGAGGGCCGCGUGGUCUUCAGCAAGCCCGAGAGGAAGAGGGGCCCCGCGCAGGGCGGGCCGGCGGGCCGGGCCGCGGGCGGGGAGGGCGCCGUGGAGCUGGCCCACCUGGCAGGGCCCGAGGGGGAGGAGUGCGACGGCGGGGGCCCGCAGAGCGGGGUCUCGGCGGCCGGCACCCCGGGGGUGCAGGCCCCCGGCUUCCACGGGUGCAAGAAGCGGAACCGCGGCCACUUCCGGAGCAAGAGCGACCCCGAGGACGGGUGCUGAGUGCGACGGGGCGGGCAGUAAAGCUUUCCGCUGGGA